GAGUCCGGAAAAGGAAAGUCUUCUUUCAUUCUCUUGUUAACCUGGUUCCCUCUAUCGCUUUGGCUCCUUGUUCUGUCACUUGAGGUCAGAAGCGUGCAGGAAAUCGGCGGGAACGAUUUGUAGUUGCUCUCCUCAGGCGGGUAAAGGCCGAGUGAGCGGAGACCCAUUUCUGCCCUCCUGCAAACCGGAGAAGGCGUUUCGGAGGGGCUGGGGGACAUUUGGGACUUUCUCGGGCUUCUUUUGGCUGCCCUCGAGCAGGAGACUCGGUGGAGGGGCAGACAUCUCCAGGGAUGGAGACCGCCCUCAACCCAGAGGCUCAGCGCUGUCAUUUCCGCGGUCUCGACGGCUGCCGCCAGGAGGCCGAGGGGCCCCGGGAGCUUUGCAGCCGCCUGUGCCAUCAGUGGCUGCGGCCGGAGAGGAGCAGCAAAGGGGAGAUGCUGGACCUGGUGGUGCUGGAGCAGCUGCUGGCCCCGGGGACGGCGAGCUGGGUGACGCAGUGCUGAGCCGAGAGCUGUUCCAAGGCCGGACCGCCAAGCCCCUCUCCCCCCCCCCACGGUCCAAAAGCGGAGCGGAGACUGAGCGGGACGAGCACGCCCUGACUCACCGAGGCUGCCUACGCAGGACGCCCGAUCCGCUUUUGGAACACAUCAGCAUUUCCAAAAGAUUCGGACACAAGAGCAAAAGAAAUCCCAGAGGCCCAGAAGCGACCGUCAAUCUUCUCCGCCCCUCGCACCUUCUCCCGCCCCCAACCAAAUGCUCCACCAGCCCUGGAGUUCGAGCAGCUUUCUAAACGUCAACGGGCAAGGAAAGGAGCAUGCGCAGAAAGACCUCGGUCAGUACUCGCCGAGCAGAGGAGGCGGCGGAGGGCUUCCCGGGGAAGCUCUCUUAAGGCAGCGGUAGGGAAUGAGGGACACCUGUGGCGUUUUGCCCCUCUAGGAAGGAGCACUCUUUGACCGAGGCUCUCGGUGUGAGCGGGAAAUCGUGGCGAAGCGAGUGGCAGCUGCUGCUCUGAGGGGCAAAAAGGUCUGAAGGAGCCGAGCCCCUCCCCCUUCUCCCCUGCUGGAAACCGGGCAGUCGGAGCGGAGUGGCUGCCCUGGGCUUGUUUUGAUUACCCUCGAGGAGAAGACCCAACGGAAGCCCAGGGAUGGAGGGCGCCUUCAGCUCAGAGGCUCAGCGCUGGCAUUUCCGCGGUCUCGACGGCUGCCGCCAGGAGGCCGAGGGGCCCCGGGAGCUUUGCAGCCGCCUGCACCGCCUGUGCCGCCAGUGGCUGCGGCCGGAGAGGAGCAGCAAAGGGGAGAUGCUGGACCUGGUGGUGCUGGAGCAGCUGCUGGCCCUGCUGCCCGCGGAGAUGGCGAGCUGGGUGAGGGAGUGCGGAGCCGAGAGCUGUUCGCAGGCGGUGGCCCUGGCCGAAGGCUUCCUCCUCAGCCAAGCCCAGCGGGAAGAGCCGGGAAAGGGGCAGGUGCAGGAGCCAUUCACUGGGGAGAUCUCAGCAGAGCUCCAGGAAAGAGGAGAUCCAUCCAGCUCUUCUCAGGAGCUGCUUUUUAGGAGGAUCCAACAUGGGCCUCCUUGGCAGGGAUCUGGUCUGUUUGAAGAGGUGAUUGUGGACUUCACGCUGGAGGAGUGGGAGCUGCUAGAUUCUGGUCAGAAGACCUUGUGCAGGGAAGUCAUGUGGGAAAUUUUGAAGAAUAUGGCUGCUCUGGGAGACGAUGGGCUGAAAAAUGAGAAUAGCAAGCAAGCAGGGUUAAAGGCAGAGAAGCAUGAAGUUGAAGACGUGAUAUUUGCCCAUGAAGAGGACACAAGAAGACAAGAGAGAAAGCACACAGAAGAUGAAGGGGUGAAGCCAUCCAUUUCUGUUCCUGUUGGAAUCCCUAAUUUCCUGUUCCAGCAAGACCUGGAAGGAAAGAAAAAGGAAAAAUAUGGGGGAAAAGAGAAAAAUCCAUUUGAUUUACAUGAAUGUGACGAAAACCAGACUGAAGGAAAAAUGUGUGCAAUGUAUGAAAAAUAUGUCAGUCAUUCUUUCUCUCUUACUUUACUAAAGGAAUUAUACAGCAAAAACAAACUACAUACCUCUGUAAAAUCUAGGAGGGAUUCCAGUCGGAGCAGAGAGAUGAAACUAUGCAUGGAGUGUGGAAAGAGAUUCAUUAGCAAGAGUAAACUUAUUCUCCACCAAAGGAUUCACACUGGGGAGAGACCACAUAAAUGCCUGGAGUGUGGAAAAAGCUUUACCCAGAAAGGGCAUCUUAAUUCUCAUAACAAGAUCCACACAGGGGAGAGGCCAUAUAAAUGCAUAGACUGUGGAAAGAGCUUUUCUGAGAAGAAAGAAGUUACUCGCCACCACAGGAUCCACACAGGAGAGAGGCCAUAUAAAUGCCUGGAAUGUGGAAAGAGCUUUACUCAGAAAGGACCACUUAAUUCUCAUGAAAGGAUCCACACAGGGGAGAGGCCGUAUCAGUGCAUGGAGUGCGGAAAGAGCUUUACCCAGAAAGGACAACUUAAUUGUCAUGAACGAAUCCACCGAGGGGAGAGACCAUAUAAAUGCAUGGAGUGUGGAAAGGGCUUUACCCGCAAGGGAUAUCUCACUUCUCAUGAAAGGAUCCACACAGGGGAGAAACCUUUUAAAUGCCUGGAAUGUGGAAAGAGCUUUUAUGACAAGACAAGCGCUACUCAUCUUAAUUCUCAUAAAAAGGCCCAUACAGGAGAAAGACCAUAUAAAUGCACAGAGUGUGGAAAGAGCUUUGUUUACAAUAGAAACUUUAUUUUUCAUCAAAGGAUCCACACAGGAAAGAGACCGUACAAAUGCCUGGAAUGUGGGAAGAGUUUUUUUAGCAAAACAUGCCUUACUCGGCACCAAAGGAUACACACUGGGGAGAAACCACAUAAAUGCUUGGAGUGUGGAAAGAGCUUUACUCAGAAAGGACAUCUUAAUGCUCAUAAAACAUUACACACUGGGAACAAACCACAUAAAUGCCUGAAGUGUGAAAAGAGCUUUACUCGAAAAGAAAGUCUUAAUUCUCACGAAAGGAAUCACACUGGGGAGAGACCGUAUAAAUGUCUGGAAUGUGGAAAGAGCUUUACCCAGAAAGGACAUCUUAAUUCUCAUGAAAAGAUCCACACAGGAGAGAGACCAUAUAGGUGCCUGGAAUGUGGAAAGAACUUCAGUGACAAAAGUAGACUUAAUCGCCACCAAAGGAUCCACACAGUGGAUAAUCCAUAUAAAUGCCUGGAGUGUGGAAAGAAUUUCAAUAGCAAGAGUAAGCUUAGUGUCCACCAAAGGAUCCACACUGGGGAGGAACCACAUAAAUGCUUGGAAUGUGGAAAGAACUUCAGUGACACAAGUACUCUUAAUCGCCACCAAAAGAUCCACACACUGGAUAACCCAUAUAAAUGCUUGGAGUGUGGAAAGUGUUUCAAUAUGAAGUAUAAGCUUAGCCUCCACCAAAGCAUCCACACUGGGGAGAAACCACAUAAAUGCCUGGUGUGUGGAAAGGGCUUUACGCAGAAAGGACAUCUUAAUUCACAUGAAAAGAUCCACACAGGAGAGAAACCAUAUAGAUGCCUAGAAUGUGGAAAGAAUUUCAAUAGCAAGAGUAAGCUUAGUGUCCACCAAAGGAUCCACACUGGGGAGAAACCACAUAAAUGCUUGGAGUGUGGAAAAAACUUCAAUGACAAAAGUAGUCUUAAUUGCCACCAAAGGAUCCAUACAGUGGAUAACCCAUUUAAAUGCCUGGAAUGUGGAAAGAAUUUCAAUAGCAAGAGUAACCUUAGUAUCCACCAAAGGAUCCACACUGGGGAGAAACCACAUAAAUGUCUGAAGUGUGGAAAGAGCUUUACUCAGAAAGGACAUCUUAAGGCUCAUAAAAUGUUACACACUGGGGAGAAACCACAUAAGUGCAUGAAGUGUGGAAAGAGCUUUACUCGAAAGGAAAAUCUUAAUUCUCACAAAAGGAUCCACACAGGAGAGAAACCAUAUAAAUGCCUGGAAUGUGGAAAGUCCUUUUCUCGGAAGGGACAUCUUAAGUCUCAUAAAAGGAUCAACACUGGGGAGAGAACAUAUAUGUCUAUGGAAUGUGAAAAAAAAUGAUUACAACAUAUUUAUUUGUCACAGAGGCAUCCACACAGGAAAACGAUGGAGAUGCAUGAAAAGUGGAACAACUUUCACUGAAAAUAAUGUACUUACUUUUCAUAAAACAAUCCACAUAGGAAAAACCAAAUGAA